AUGGACCCGUUCCAAAUACGAAUGGAGUUCCUGGCGCUCGUCAAGACGUUGAAUGCGAGUGAGCAUUCCAUUCAAAAGACGAUUGCGUUCGCGCUCCAAUACGCCCACAAAUGUGCAGACGAUAUAUGGGACUGCGUCAUGACCGAAUGUUUCAAAGCUCCUGGAAACACGCGCAUCAACAUAUUAUUUAUGCUAAACUCGCUGUUUACCGAUGAUUUCCAGACCAAGGCACCACAAGUUGCAGCCUACAAAGCACUAGCGCAAGACGCGCUCCCUGACAUCGCCAAAAUGGUUGUUCCUUCCGACAAUUUGGAUGCAGUGCUGAAUGUGGCAAGCACACGACAAGCACAAGCAGGAGAUAUGAAAGAGGCUGCAAAUAUAUCCCGCUCCGACAUUCUUCGCCGUAUCGAAGAGGAUCGCGAAAGACACAAACGGCUGCGUGAGAAUAGCUGGAAACUACCUCCUAUGACAUUUCUUCAUGCCUUGAAAAUGCAUCAAGGUGAGGAGUCUGUGACUGCGAUGCAGUUGGAAUUCGAUCAAGACUGGGAGACAACGAGCGAUAUGAACGAGGACGACUUGGACUAUUUUCGCGAAGAGACUAUGCGGUGGUGGGGCACCGGCAGCGGUCCCGUAAAGAAUCCAACGAAUGUGUAA